AUGCCGCACAACGAUUCACUCCUCGUUGACGUCCGAAUUAGUGACUGCACGGUCACCAAAGUCCUUAUGGACACUGGCAGUUCAGUCGAUCUCAUCUUUAAAAGAACACUCGUCAAGAUGGGGGUAAGCCUCGACGACAUGAAAUCUUCUGCGCGAUCGCUAACUGGCUUUAACGGGUCAACCGAGACCAUGCUCGGAACGAUACGCUUGCGAGUGUACACCGAAGGCGUCGCCAAAAACAUCAAGUUCUCCGUCAUCGACGUUCACGCUCCAUACAACGCAAUCCUAGGCACACCAUGGAUCCAUGCGAUGAAGGCCAUCGCUUCGACCUAUCACCAAUGUAUCAAAUUUCCUGGUAGAGAAGGACGGAUCGUUACUCUUCGGGGCGACCAAGCAGCUGCUCGAGAUCUCCUCGUCGCCGAGAUAAAAAACCGCAAGGCGACUUCCCACGUUAACUCAGUCACCAAACCAAUCCAGAAGAUAUACCCUUUCAAGGAAGAGAUUCUCGAGGUAACCAUCGACGACAGCGACCUAGCCAAGAUCGUCCGAGUCGGUGCCCACCUUCCCGACGACACGAAAGACAAGAUCAUUUCGUUUCUCAGGGAUAACAUCUCCACUUUCGCUUGGUCUACCUCCGACAUGAAAGGGAUCGACCCGGGCGUCACUACACACGAGCUCAACGUCGACCCAACAUUCAAACCAAUUCGUCAAAAAAGGUGCAAGCUCGGUCCCGAAACGAUCAAAAGCCGUCAAUGA